AGGGUGAUGAGGGCGGGAAGAUUAAAAAUGACGGUGGUAAGUGAGAGACGUUCCUUGGAGGCGUGUUGUGUUUCUGGCGAUGCAAGGAAGGCGGAUUAUUGGGUAUAGCGCGAUGGUGCGGUUACCUCUUUUGAGCGGUGCUUUUAGAUGACUGUCUUUUCUUUGCUGGUAUGGUUUUGAGGUUAGUUGGUUUGCUGUUCUUAAACAGCCUAUUAGUCCUGCAGCGUAUUGAGUUCUAUCAAGUUGAGUUUCCAGUCGCCUUGGUGGCAUUCAAAUGUUUGAUUAAGGUUCGGAAGUCACUUGAUACCUGUUAUACAUUAGAAAUUAUAACCAGUAGAGUGGCUUACAUCAUAACCACACAUGUAGACAUACGGAAGCUACCUUUCAGCUAUCUUUGGAGAAGGUGCGAUAAACGUUGUACAGAGUUAUUUAGAUCGGGGGUUAAUAAGCCCCGUUCGAAACUUUCCCCAAUACAACAUUCUCUUACCCUCGAAUUACCAAUUCCAUCGACAACAUGAUCAUGCUUUCUAGGAUCGCGGAGGAUAUCACGUCGUACAUGUAGUAGCACACCACCUUUGUAAGAUGAUACCGCGAGAAUUGUCAGCCCAGCUCUAACAACCAUCACUGCAAUGAUUCGCAGAAUA